AUGGCCGAAACCGUCGUUGCAGCCGGCGGACUAUACGACUACCUCUUCAAGCUGUUGCUUAUCGGUGAUUCCGGCGUUGGUAAAUCUUGCCUGCUGUUGCGAUUCGCCGACGACACAUACACCGAGUCUUACAUCUCCACCAUCGGUGUCGAUUUCAAAAUCCGCACCAUUGAACUCGAUGGCAAGACUGUCAAACUCCAAAUUUGGGAUACGGCCGGACAGGAACGCUUCCGAACCAUCACAUCCUCGUACUACCGAGGCGCACAUGGCAUCUGUGUGGUGUACGACGUGACGGACAUGGAUUCCUUCAACAAUGUAAAGCAAUGGUUGCAAGAGAUUGAUCGUUACGCCACCGAAGGUGUCAACAAGCUGCUGGUCGGCAACAAGAGCGAUAUGGCAGACAAGAAGGUGGUUGAAUACACUAUGGCAAAGGAGUUCGCCGACAGCCUUGGAAUUCCGUUUUUGGAGACUUCGGCAAAGAACGCGUCCAAUGUCGAGCAAGCAUUCUUGACCAUGGCUCGCCAGAUCAAGGAACGUAUGGGAACUACUACCGUCAACAACAAACCCACUGUCCAAGUCGGUCAAGGCCAGGGCGUUCAAUCAGGAUCUGCUGGUGGUUGCUGCUAA